CAUGACGAAUUGAAUCAUCCGAGUGUAAAUAUGAUUCAAAUGGAAUUGAGGCUACGUAAUCUAAAGAUACCUAAUUGGCGCACUCGUUACAGGGAAGUGAGGAAAGACUGUAAGAUUUGCAGGAAAUUCAUGACUGCAAAGGGGUGCGAGGAAAGCCAACUACCAAAAGAAUAUCCUUGCCAGGAGGUGCCGAGCACAGGCCGACCCAAAAGGGAGAGGCGGACAAGAGCAAACAGAGGAAAGAGUAAAGGACAAUCCGAAAUUCCAAGUAGGUGAUCAGGUCAUUCUUACAAGAAGACGAAAGGUAGGAAGAUUCUCUGAAGGCUUGGGGACAGUAGAUGUAGUUAAAACAAUAACAGGGUCCAACACUGUCGAGUUAGAAAAUAACGGAAUUCAGAGUAAUAAAGACUUGAUAAAGAAGUAAUAGAUGGAGUUGAUAAAUGCGAUAAUUAAUCAACGAGGAUUAAUUAGGGUGGAGCACCAUAAGCAUGGAUCAAGAGCAUUUCUGUGGUUGCAGCCAGAAAUAGAAAGGUUUCUCGGCUUCAGAGGAGAGCAGAAUAAAGCAGCAGAGAAUGCUGUCAGGCCAUAUUGCUGUGUGAUAUGCGACCAGCUAUGUGCCAUGCCCAGUCUUUCAGGAUGUAAUGAAAAAAGAGAGAUGGGUGCUGAGUGGACGACUCACAGACAGUCUCAUGUGGAGAUGUCUGGGGUUGUGAUAUGCGAUAAUUGUCGGUCAGGCCACCCAAAGCUACGGAUUGACUCAUAUAAAGUAUCCGUAGGCUCAGAGGGGCUGUGUAACUGUACUUGGAGUGGUGCAGCAGUAGUCAACUGUCAAAUGUGUAAGGCAAAAAAUAGGACAUUGAUGUCUUCCCGUGCUUUGUGGGAGAGUUUGAGGGUUAUUAAACCUUUAGGCCUUUUUAAAGACGGAAUAAUGUCUAAAUUUUCCAGACAUCCCUACUUGGGCUUGAGAGAGCAUGAGCGGAACGCGUGGCUAGACGCUAGGUUCCCCAUGUUGCCCUGGGACAAGGAGGAAAUAAGAGAGAGAGUUCUCCAAGAGAGGGAAGAGCACGUGCGAGAUAUAAAGAGAAGAGACCGAGAGAAGGACUUAACUCUUACUGACAUAGAGUCCGCAAAGUGGAAUUUUACUCUAUGGCACGAGCCGAUUUUGAGAUGUUUCCCUGAGACGGAUCUGAAACAAGGAUCACGAGGGAAAGUAGCGUGGGUUUAUGUGAAAAUCGACGAGCGCUGGCAAGUGAGAAGUUGGGCAAACCUGGCUAUCGAGCUAGCGCAGGGAGGCGGAUGGUUAGAUACCUCUUUUUAUGAUAAAGAUUAUAGAGGAUCACAACCGCGCUCUAAUAUUACCAAGGAAAAGAGACCUAGUUCUCGUAAAGAGAAGUUUGUGCAGCUUACUGUGUCGCUGGCGAACGAUUUAGACAAGCAUAAGGUUUUGUGUCCUGAAGAUGGCACAUACGUCACUGGAAUCCCGUAUAACAACGAGCAGAUCACUGAAGAGCCAAGUGAAAUGUUCACGGUGGUGAUGCAUUUCAAGUUGAAUAUAUUGGCAUGCUCACAUCCAGACUAUGACUGGAUUGGUGGCAUCGAAACGGAAUUACAUGAAAAACAACCGAAAGUGAAAGUGGUGCGCAGGGGAGUGUUGCGAAAAGUAAGACGGCUCAUGGUCGAGCCUCAGAACUAACAUGUGUUACAGGACAAAAUGCGGAGGUCGGUGUCGGUGGACAGUCUGACGGAGGAGCUGACGGAGGCGAAAGACACCAUUCGGAAGCUGAGGACUCAGCGACGACUCUGCAAAUGGAUGAGUAUCAUACUUUGGAUAAUUUUAAUAUUGGGAAUAUUGUUGUUGAUAUUAAUUAGAGUGAGUUAUCUCUUAGAAUGGGAAAUUAUGACAGGUAAAAUUGUUUUAGCCGAAGUGCAGGUUGAAAGGCAGAAUAUUUCUGGUUUCGAUUUAACUGUGUGGGGAACAAUUAAAGAGAAAAAGGAGGAAAUAGAAAAGAACACCACUGAUUUUUGGAAGUGGUUAGACAACGUUAGUACAGAUGAGAUACUAUAUUAUAUGAUAAGGAAACCAAAAGUAAAACUCAAAAGUACAGUGAAGAUUAGGCAUUGGCAUAAAAAAGAGGUAGAAGUUUACGAAGAAAAUAGUUUCAUUAAAGAACGCGACGGUAAUAAGACAGUGAGAUAUUUUAUCGGACCAACUUAUAGAACUAGCUAUAAUGAAGAGCUGGGAGGAUGUUGGAUAUUCAGAUCUAGGGAAAACUUCGAUCCAUGGAAAUUAGGUCAGUGCAAACAGAGAGGUGAAGUAAUGAGAAGCAAGAGAAAUAAGGAAACUGAGAAAUAUAAUUCUGGUAUGAAGAUUAAAAAGAAUGUAGAAGAUUGGAUAAAAAAUAGUAGAAUUAUAAACCCAGUAGGCGAAUUCAUUUUGCUAACCACGGCAAAAGAUAGACAUGUAGGCCCGAGACAGACAGGUUAUGCAGAAUUGGAGUCGGGGUCUGAGACAAAAAUUGAUUUACAAUUAAAUAAAACUUAUCCGUGGAUUUGGAAAAAGAAAAUGAUAUUACCAAGGGUUAAAUUUAAUUUUAGAAUAGGCUAUUGGGAGAUAGAUAAUACGAAAUGGGAAACAGAUGUGUAUUUGGUUAAAAUGAAAUUGAAAGCGAUGUUAAAAACAGAAAAGGCAAUUAAAGAACAUUAUGAAAACAAUGUAAAACAGAUGUGUGAGAGACGAGCUCAGUAAAAAGAGGCAUGGAAAGAAAUAUUUUUACACAAAAACGGACUAUAAUGAUUUCUCUUACGCUAAUUUUUGUGAUAAAAAAGAAGAAAAGAUGAACUGUGAUGAUUUCCUUAACGGCACAGAUCCUUUUACAGGAAAUCAAACAAAGGACAUUUUAAGUCUAAGAAGGAGAUUAUAUAUGAAAAGAGUAAACCUUGAUAGAAAAAAUGAUGAGAAGGGGGUUUUUAGAUAUAAACUAGUUUUCUUAGAUGACGGUGUAUAUGGAGUAUCAGGACGAGAAUGCAGCGAAGUAUUAGGAAUAUGUGCUGCGGGUCACGAUCCCAUUACAGUUAAUCAGAUGGCUUCCGUAUUAUGUUACUGGGGCAAUGGUCUGGUUCCCUUACCAUGGACUUUUAAAAAGAGUAAUAUAGCUAAUAGGUAUGAGAUGAGUUAUGGAACUGGAGGAGUUAUUAGGAUAAUAGAUAGGAAUCUGGAAUGGAAAAUGUUACAUGCUCCAGCACAGAUCGCUGUAAAUAGCAUGAUCAGGUAUAGGGUCCCCAAAGGAGGUAAAAAUGUACCGUUGACAAGCUUGGAUGCUAUAGCAAUUGAUGAUUUAUCUCAUACAAUUCAUAGGAAACACUGGAAAGAAAAAUGGUGUAAAGGCAAGGAUGAAACUUAUUAUUUAGGCCUUGAAUGGAUGAAAGAUGGUCUUUGUAAUACGAGCGUUGAGAUCAUA